UUGAACCUCCCGAGCUCCGCCCCCCGCCCGUUAAAUGGGGCCCGACCGGAGCCGCGGCCACGGGGACGCCGGGAGGGAGCGGCACCGGGAUCAGAACCGGGAUCAGAACCGGGAUCAGAACCGGCACCGGGAGCGACCGGUACCGGGAUAAGCACCGGGAUCAGCACCGGGACCGGCACCGGGACCGGGAUCCACUGGCACCGGGAUCAGCACCGGAACCGGCACCGGGAUCAGCCCGGAGCUCCCGGAUCCCUCCAAGCCCCGGUUCGGCUCCCGAAGCGCGCUUGGAAAACCGGGACGGCACCGAAAGCAGAACCGGGAACGGCCGGGAUGGGACCCGGCAGCACCGAGAGGGGAUCCGGGACCACCGGGACCACCGGGAGGGGAUCCGGGAUCACCGGGAGGGGAUCCGGGACCACCGGGAGGGGAUCCGGGACCACCGGGACCACCGGGAGGGGAUCCGGGACCACCGGGAGCAGCCCCAGAAGCUCCGGGACCCCCGGGAUCCUCCUGCUCCUCCUGGCAGCGGCGGCGGCGGCGGCGGCCUCCCCGAGUCCCCCUCCCUCCCCGUGCCCCCCCGACCACCUCCCAUGCGGCGACCUCUCGUGCCUAUCGCGACAUUUCCAGUGCGACGGCGAUCGCGAUUGUCCCGACGGGCGCGACGAGCUGGGCUGCGCCCCUCCCCCCCACCCCCGCCCUCCCCCUCCCUUCCCCUCCCCCCUCCCUGCCCCCCCCUCCUCCUUCCGCUGUCGCGACAGCAGCUGCAUCCCCCUCCUCUGGCGCUGCGACGGCGAUCGCGACUGUCGCGACGGCGAGGACGAGGGGGAGGAGCUUUGCGGGAAGCCCCGCCCCCUUUCGCCUUGCCCGCCCCUGCAGUUCUCCUGCGGCUCGGGCGAGUGCGUGGCCAGGAGGUGGCGCUGCGACGGCAGCCCCGACUGUCGCGAUAGUUCCGACGAGGAGGGCUGCGCCCCGCCCCCGCCGUGCCCCCCCGGGCAGUUCCUCUGUCGCGACAGGCGCUGCAUCCCCGCGGCGCGGGCCUGCGACGGCACCCGCGACUGUCGCGACGGGGACGACGAGGAGGCGUGUCCUCAGGCCCCGUCGUGCCCCUCCCCCCACUGGUUCCGCUGCCGCUCGGGGGAGUGUAUCGCGAUAGCGCAGGUCUGCGACGGGCGGCGCCACUGUCGCGAUUGGUCCGACGAGCCGCUCAAGGAGUGCGGUGUGAACGAGUGCCUGCAGGCGGGAGGGGGCUGCUCCCACACCUGCCGGGAUCUCCCGGUGGGCUUCGAGUGCCGCUGCCCCCCCGGGCUGGGGCUGGGCCCCGACGGACGCACCUGCCAAGCGCCCCCCGGGACCCCGGAGCCGCUGGGCCGGAACUUCAGCACCGAGGGAAACGCCCUCCGCAGUCCAGCCGGCGGGGCCAAAGGGGCGGGGCCCUUGAUGACGUCACUGGGAGUCCUGCUGCCCCUCGGGCUGUUGCUGUGCCUGGGCCUGGCGGGGCGGGCGCUGUGGCGGGGGUGGCGCCGGCGCAGCACCAACAGCAUCAGCUUCAGCAACGCCGCCUUCCGGAAGGUUCCGGAACACCUGCAGGGGGGCGGGGCUUGGGGAGACUCAGUGGCCGCUGACGGUGGAGGACGAUGAGCCCUGAGGGGCUGGGGGGGGGCCGAGACCCCCCCGGAACCACCUGGGCACACCUGGGGGACAUCUGGAGACACCUGUGCACACCUGGAUGCACCUGGGAACAGCUGGGGGAACAUCUGGGCACACCUGGAUGCACCUGGGAACACCUGGGGGAACAUCUGGAGACACCUGUGCACACCUGGAUGCACCUGGGAACACCUGGGGGAACAUCUGGAGGCAUCUGUGUACACCUGGGCAUACCUGGGAACACCUGGGCGCACCUGGGCACACCUGGAUGGACACCUGGGCACACCCAAACACACCUGGACAAGGCCAGGCACACCUGGGCAGGACUACAGACAACACCUGGGCACACCUGGAUGAGGCUGUGCAGAGCCAGCUCUGGCUGCAGAUGCACCUGGACACACCUGGACACAUC